GAAAGAUAAGAGGAAUCAGGAGAUAAAUACAAGUACUCUCAAGUCUCAAGUGACACACACACACACACACACACACACUUUGCCAGUCUCCACGUCUCCGUAGAGCACAAAGGGCUGUAUCAGAUGGCAGGGAGUGACAUUAGCAGCGGAGGGGACUGUGUGGUGACAGUGGCGCUUCUCCUCGUCAGCGUGAUAGCAGUGUGUGGCGCCGCUGUUUACCUGUAUGUGCACCUGGCUAAGAGGAGGAGGAGGCGUGCGUGGGCGGAAGCGCGCUGCGUGGUGGUUCACUGCCCGUCACCAGGAGCGCUGACUCCCUCGAUCUCCCCAUUCGUUUUGAAACUCCUCACUUUCCUCAGACUGGCCAAAAUACCCUACCAGCUGGACCACUUCGAACCACUGGGAGAGUCCUGGCUUACUCCCUGGGUCACCAUGGAGGACGGGGAGGAGGUGGCGGACUCUGGCGUUGUGGUACUGGAGCUGCGGCAAAGACGUAACCUGAAUCUGGGUUCGAGCCUCUCUGCGGUGGAGCAAGCAGUGGCGAGGGCGUUCACUGUGUUGGUGGAGGAUCAUUUGUGUUGGUGUCUUCGAGAGUGGCGCAUCAAGAUGGAUGGCGGGAGGAAUCUGUUUGAGGGCGCCAGGAAUCCGCCAUCUUGGUACAUGCGGGCAGGGCUGCGUGUGUAUGCGUGGUUGCGAACUAACACACUCUGGCACCAGGGAGUAGGUCGCCUGCCACACCUGGAAGUUAGGAAGUUUGCCUGGCGUGACUUGCAAGCCCUAUCUGAUUACUUAGGUGAAAAGAGUUACCUGAUGGGCGAGGAGAUGAACGAGGUGGACUGCACGGUGUUUGCUCAGAUGGCGAAUAUUUUGUACAACUACAAGCGAUCACCUUAUCACGCCAUGCUGACAGAUGAGUUCCCUAACCUGGUUUCCUACGUCAAGAGGAUUAAAGAAAGGCUCUGGCCAGACUGGGACGCCUGCCUUGCCUCCUCUUAGAUUUUCCUCUUGGAUGUUCCUAUUGGAUGCUUUAACACUCUCUUAGUUUUUACAUGCUCCUCACACACCUUUUGGUCUUCUUACAUGCUUAUUCUCCUCUUGUUUUCCUUAUUCUCCAUUUGUUCUUCUCUUAGAUGCUCCCCCUAUUCCUCUUAAAUGUCCCUCUUAUCCUUGUUCUUCUUCUCACGCAGUAUGUUUAUGAUGCUGAAAAUAUAUGAUACGCAUUUUUCUCCUCUUAUCCCUCUUAAAUGUUCCUUUUGCCCUUGGUCUUCUUAUCAUGUGGCCUGUUUGUCAUGCUGCAAAUGUUUGGCGUUAAUAAAGUACUGUUAAUAUG